GUGGGAUUUUUUCGUCUUCUUUCUCAGCAUCACCAUCCUUUUUUCCUCCGCUUCUGGACCACCUGCCUCACGUCGUAUCAGAGUCAUCUCCUUGUGAAAUGCACCCCGUCAGUCGCCGGCAUCUGAUGUAUUGAAAGCUUUGGGCGUAGCAGUGAGACAGCAUCUUUCCUCGUGACACAUCAUAAUCUACACGAGUGGACGAGCGCUCGUAGAGCACCAUGUCAGAUAAAAGUGACCUAAAAGCAGAGCUGGAGCGCAAGAAGCAGCGCCUUGCCCAGAUCAGGGAGGAGAAAAAGAGAAAAGAGGAGGAGAGGAAGAAGAAAGAGGUAACUAAAAAAGCGGAGAUUCAACAGAAGACUGAAGCGACCUCAGAGGACUCAGACCUGGAUCGCAAGCGCCGGGAGACUGAGGCCCUGCUGCAGAGCAUCGGCAUUUCACCCGAGCCUCCUUUAGUGCCGAAUCCUCUGUCCCCGUCCAAAUCGAUGAGCACGCCCAGCGAAACCGAGAGCCAGGAUUCGGCUGAUGGCGGCGCGGCAGGCAGGUCAGGUUUCUCAAAAAGCAGGUCUGAGGUACAAAUGUCAAGGACCCUGCAGUGGGACACGGACCCCUCUGUGCUGCAGCUGCAAGCAGAUUCCGAGCUUGGGCGGAGGAUGCAAAAACUCGGGGCCUCUAAGAUAACACAAGUGGAUUUUCAACCAAAAGAGUUGGUCUUGUACACCAAGGAGACACAAACGCCGCUCACUGCCCAUCUAUCGGAAGAGGAGGAAGAGGAGGAUGAAGAGCUGAUGGAAUUGAAGCCAGGCCCUGAAUUGGAGCCGCAGGAUGAAGACGACAAGGAAAAUAAAGAAGCAGGCUCUUUCCCUGUGCUGAGGGAGCUGACGGAGGAGGAGAGGCAGCAAAUCCUCCACUCGUCCGAGUUUCAGAAUUUCUUCGACUGCAGCAUCCGGGUGAUGGAAAGAGCUCUGGCCGAAAGCGGCGACAUCUUCUUUGACUACACCGGUCGAGCCCUGGAAGACAAGGAGGGAGACUCGGCUGGAGGCUCCAGUUUGUCUUUCACGCGACUUUUCUACGAUGAACACUGGUCCAAACAUCGUGUUGUCACCUGUCUUGACUGGUCCCCUCAGUAUCCUGAGUUGCUCGUUGCCUCUUACAACAACAACGAAGAUGCCCCCCACGAACCGGACGGCGUUGCCCUGGUUUGGAACAUCAAAUUCAAAAAGGCCACGCCUGAGUACAUCUUUCACUGUCAGUCUCCGGUGGUGUCGGUGGGUUUUGCCAGGUUUCAUCCCAACCUGGUGGUGGGGGGGACCUACUCGGGGCAGAUCGUCCUCUGGGACAACCGCAGUCACAGGCGGACCCCCGUCCAGAGGACCCCCCUGUCGGCUGCUGCGCACACCCACCCCGUGUACUGUGUGAACGUGGUGGGGACCCAGAAUGCCAACAACUUGAUCACCGUGUCUACAGACGGAAGGAUGUGCUCCUGGAGUCUGGACAUGCUUUCCCAGCCUCAGGAGAGUAUGGAACUGGUGUACAAUAAAUCCAAACCAGUGGCAGUGACCAGCAUGGCGUUCCCUACAGGAGAUGUCAAUAACUAUGUAGUGGGUAGUGAGGAAGGUACUGUGUACACGGCGUCCAGGCACGGCAGCAAGGCAGGGAUCUGCGAGAUGUUCGAGGGCCACCAGGGCCCCGUGACAGGGAUCAGCUGUCACAAUGCUGUGGGCACCGUGGACUUUUCCCACCUUUUCAUCACUUCCUCCUUCGACUGGACGGUCAAACUUUGGAGCACUAAGCAAAACAAGCCUCUGUACUCAUUUGAGGACAACGCCGACUACGUCUAUGACGUCAUGUGGUCGCCCGUGCACCCCGCCAUCUUUGCAUCCGUGGACGGCAUGGGCCGCCUCGACCUGUGGAACCUCAACAACGACACGGAGGUGCCAACAGCCAGCGUGACUAUUGAAGGUGCGUCGGCCCUCAACAGAGUCCGCUGGUCGCCUGGAGGGAAGGAAGUGGCUGUGGGCGACUCGGAGGGCCGAGUCUGGGUCUACGAUUCUGGCGAGAUGUCGGUGGCCCACAAUGACGAAUGGACGCGCUUCGCCCGGACGCUGAUGGAGAUCCGCGCUAACCGUGCGGAUGGCGAGGAGGAGGGGCCUGUGGAGCUGGCUUCGUAGAGCGCGACGGCAAGACCCAAAGUGUGCGUUUGUCAGCGUCAAGUGUAGCUCGUGCUUCUCACUCUUGUGUUGGUUCUCCACCUUCGUGUACGACAGACUGUGCUAUUACUGCUAUCGUUUGUUCCGAUUCUGCUCUCGUGUACAUGCAGGUGGCUUUCUGGGUGUUGUUUAAAAUAUAUGAAAGUGGCUUUCCACUCAGCCUUCUGAUUUGUGCCGACGCCUCGCACUGGUGUAAAAAGUCAUUUACUGUUUACAAACGUCACAAUCACUUCACGUCGUGUUCCUUGCAUGCUGCAUUCCAGAGAUUUUAUUGUGUGGGUUGCCACAUAUGAGCGUUUGGCUUCAUAUUCUAUCAUGAACUACCACCGUAUAGUUAAAAUAUGGCAAUGCAUAAAGCAUCUUGUCUUUUGGUUUCCUCCCAAACUUUUACUUGAAUGCUGCUCAGAAGAAGCAUUUGUACACUGGAAGCUACGGGAAUAAAUACACAAGCAGACAUUUCAUUCGCAGGGAAAAGACAGUCCGUGUCUACUUUAUGUACACAUCUGCACUGCAGCUUGUGGAGGGCCAAAAAAAAAAAAAUGUUUCUCACAUUUUGUAAUGCGCUCGAUUACAUUGCAGGUCGCCUAUUGGGUCCUGCAUUGCGCUCAACGCAUCCCAACUGUGACUGGCGUGAACGAGCGAGUGAUUUCAGAGCGUGGCCCAGUGGGAAGUGGCGGGAUGACAAUAAAUACAGACCAGUGCGGACUUUCUGUCCUGAUUAACUGAACGUCAGCAGCUCGUGUCCAAGUGACAUCGCAAUUUCUGUUCUACUUCGCCCAAGCGUGGUCCACGUCUUUAAUUGCAUCCAUGAUCUCGCAGUGUCGAGGCUAAAAUGUGCAGCAAAUAACAACCUCGAGGGCUCGUUUGAGAACCAUUUUCAAAAUUUUAAGAGUGUACCUUUGGUUAUAUAAAUGGCAGGAUGGAUCGAAGGAAUCAUUUUUCCCACCGCAGCGUCGUCCGCAAACCUUUCCCAUGCAGUCUUCUUUAUGCACUGGAGGAGUUCUGGCCCCCAGCCCGCGGUCUGAACCGUACCAAAGCCUGCCGGCAUCCCUGCGGAGACGCAAUCAAGAGUGUGCUCAAUACACCCCGACAUGUAUCUAAAAUGAUCACUUAUUUCAAAUCAGUCUUGGCAUCAGCGAUCCAAUGAGAUCUCGCAACCGCAGCGAAGGGUCGAAUUAUCCCUUUCGACCCCGUUGUAAGAAACACGUGCGCGGUCAAGGUGGCUCAACGUGAACGUCUGCCGCACACAAUGAGCAGUACACAAGCGCGUCCGCAUCGCGUCGCUUCAAAAGCACGCUUGUUAUUUCAUCACCGCCCUUUUGUGCUCUUCCUCUUCAGACAAUAGAAAGGUAAUGAGAGCAAUGCCCACUGUCAAAGUGACUGCUGGACCGAGGGCAGUGACGACACGGCGGCCAACCACCCCCACCCACUCAUGCAUGAAUGGCCUCAAUCAUCGGCGGUGCCGUCAUUACCAUCAAGCGCACCUUUUUGACGCUUUGCCCCUUGCGACUUUCGGGGCUUUGUGCCGAGCAAAUGAGCUAUUCAGGAGGUCAGCGGCGGCCGCCGGGGGAAGCCCGACCACCUGCGCUGAAGCACCAAAUAACGCGUUGUGUGGCCUCCAUAUAAUACACGAGUAGUGCAUGCUUGCUUAAUUACUUGACUUUGGUUUUCUGUACUAGGCUGCAGAUGCGAUAUAGUCAUCCCGGAUGUUUACGCGCAAUCACAAAAGGUUUGAGAUUUUCGGCUUUGAGAUGAAAUGUCGGGGUGAACCUAAAAUUCACUAGAACUGUACAACUGUCACGAACCUCCGGUGCGGGGGCGGACCCAAAUGCAGGACUUCGAGGCAGAGGCGUAAUGUUCAAACUGGAAUAUACACGGUGUAGCAGACCGACAAAUACUUGGUCUAAUCACAGUGCCUCAUGUGAAUAAGCUGUGACCGGCGACAGGUGUCAGAGAUGAAACCGCUCGGAGCGGUGGCCAGGCCACGCUCCUCUUGGGCGUGGUACAGCCUCGCUCAUUACAACAACUGAACUUCCUUUGAUGAUUUUCACACAGCAAAAUUAGCAUUUUAUCCAUGAAUGGACGAAUACAUGUCCAAAGUCGUCCACUUCUAUGUCUUUCUGUGACUCUUCCAGUCACUCAGUAGCAACCUGCAGAUAACAUGCAGGGGCAUUUUAAUUCUAGAACAUUCUGUUUGAA